AUGUACCAUCGGUGACCGUCAGGCGCAGGACGUCCAUUUUCUGCACGCUCCUGAAUCCGGUCAUUCACAUUCAUCACCACUCUCGCUUUUUCAACUUCUUGUUUGGACUUCCAUUCCUUUCGAACCUUUUCACAAACACAUUUUCAACAUGGGAAAGCUCAUCAAGAACCACUGGGCACGCCUGAUCGUUCUCACCGCAGCUGUUUAUCAAGUCGCCGCAGCUCUCGAAGGGUUCUUCUGGCCCAAGAUCUUCUGGGACUUCCUUACCAAGAAUCUCGAUGGAGCUGUCAAACCGUUCCCCAUACUUCAAAUCAUCAACCUGUUAAUGGGUGUAUUUUGUUUUGCGUGGGAGUGGCCUCUGUAUCCUGUGGUCAAGAUGUUGCCGGGGUUGCACAGGAGCAUGGAGGCAAGACUGGUCGUCUAUCCUCUUUGUUCCUUGGCUGGUGUCAUAAUGUAUCAGUCAACCAACUCGGCACUGUACUACCUGAUUGGGGUGGGAAUAUACUUCUGGGCUUUCUCGGAAGGAGAGACUGUAUGUGCAGAGCCUUGGACUGUCCCCAAGAGGGGUGCAUCUAGACUGGGCAAGGUGUAAAGGAACUGCGGUGCAGAUCAGAUUGAAGGAGAUUCUUUUAUGGAGUCAAGCCCAACAUUUUGUGAGCCAAGUCGCUGAUUGAAUGGCGAUGGUCAAUUGUUGGCAGACCUCAUCCACAUGCUAGCAAGCGCUGUACAGAUAUUAUGAACUCAUGUCAGACAUGGGAAAGGAAAUAAGCUUGCGAAAGCAAUAACCUUGUUCAGACGAUGUUGUCGUUAAAUCUUGUGGUGUAAGAAAAGGG